CUGCUUUCCAACUCCACCCAAUGCAUUCCUUCUCCUCCUCCUCCUCCUCCUCCUCCUCCUCCCAUGACAAAAGCAGAAGGGCUUUCGUAUAUUAUAUAAAAGUGAGUAUGGUCUCCUCCUGCGGAUCAUACUAGGAAGUGGUGCAGUUUUGAACACAAUGUGCAGAGUAUCGGUCGCCUUUGUGAUGGUGUUCGCGUGGGCAGUGGUUGCGGCGGAUCACACCCCAGCAGUCGCAGAAUCUACUGCUGGGAACGGAACAGAGUCGCGUGCAGCCUUGGAGAAUACUGAAACCGGAACUACAAUGGUAGAAGACACGAAUCAUGAAGAGGAAGAGAAAAGGAAGAUUAGAUCGAAAGAAGGAGAGGAGCAGAAAAGCGACCUGGCAGAGAUGGACAGAAAUCGUUUCUUCGGGAGGUUCACGACCACCACUGAAAUCGCUGUAGUCAUGGUUACCUCCACUGUGUUCUUCUCCUGUCUGUCAGGCACGAGUGCUGCGUUGUGCACGGGACGCCGCAGGAAGAAGGACCUGAUGCCCCUGACUGAGCUACACUUUGAUCUUGAUGAAAGAUACCACUUGGACAGCAGUCAGAACACGGACACGGAGGGCAUGGCGCGCUCCAUGGACAAGGCCCUUGAGGCACAGCCCGAAGAGAAGGACGGGAAGGGCAACAACACCAAGCUACUCUUGGGUUUCACUAUGUGGACGCGCGUCCGCUCCACCUCCACGGUCACAAUGCUUUACACGGACACCAACACCACCAUCAGGCUGUCCUAUUACUGCCAGGCGGGCAAUCUGCAGCUGCCGGCUAACAACUGCGGCUAAGGCUAUAGUGUCUGUUCAUCGGUCCCUGCAGUUAUAUCAGUCUCUCUUAUCUUAAGAAUUACUGCUGCUACUACUACUACUACUACUACUACUACUACUACUACUACUACUACUACUAUUACUACACCCAUUCAACACGCUGUUCUACUUCUAGCCAUAAAACAACUGCAAGGCUACCGUUCCUUCAGGUGCUUGUGCUGCAUGUGACGAACACCCCUGCACACCACCCUUAUAAUGCCCCGUCUGCUAUCUGUAUGUAUAUAAUGUGUACAUGAGGAAGAGAGUCCACAUAAACUAUAUACACGAGCUUU